CGUUGGUCACAGACUAGAUGGUUUUGGAGACCAUGGCUCGUCCCGUUCCUCGACACCUUCAAAGGCGGUGACGUGUCCGUUGCCAGAGGCGUGUUGCUGCUUGGAUGCGCCGCAGUGCCUUUGAUCAUCCGGCUUCGGAAUGGUGCCCGCAUCAUUCUAAGAAUGUGCAUGAAAUCCCCGUUGGGACUUUUCGCGGCUGUGGCGGUCGUUGUCUUGGUGACUGUCGAUGGUGCUGACGAUGACGAAUUGCCGACGUUGUCGUCGACGACGUUUCCGAGGGGCUACUACCGGUUCUUAUCGCCUUCGGCAGUGCUUGAAGAAACCCCCGGAGAACAGCUGCGGAAUGGCGACGGGUUUUCCGCCGGUGAGGAAAAGACGGAUUUUUAUCGAUGUGGAUUACAUGAUGGGCCGCCGCCAACGACGACGACGGACGGGCCUGGGAACACGGGACGGGUGCACGGGAAAACACGCAUCGCAGGCGAGGAGGAAGCAGGAGAGCCGGUUAAUCUCGUGAUCCCCGAGCUGGGCGUCCUCCAGGGAACCCUGCGGACCGCUUCCAACGGGUUCCGCUAUUCCUCCUUCCGCGGGGUUCCGUACGCCGAACCGCCCGUCGGGGAGCGACGGUUCCAGCCUCCGGAAAAGCAAAAGCCGUGGAAAGGAAAGAUAAAAGCCGUUGAUUGGGCGAAGUCGUGUAUGCAAGCAGAUGUGCAGCAAGUUUCAGAAGAUUGUCUGUAUUUGAAUAUUGAGACGCCGUUCACGAAGCAGGCAGACAAAUUGCUGCCAAUUUUGGUGGAAAUACAUGGUGGUGGUUACAUUGGAGGCAGUGGGAACUUGGUUGCGGAUGCUUUGAUCCGCCAUGGAGAAUUGGUGUACGUCACAAUGAAUUACAGAUUAGGAGCAUUUGGUAAGGCCGUAUGCGAAAAAGGGUUCCUGUCCACCGGCGACCCGUCAGCCCCGGGCAACUACGGACUCAUGGACCAGAUAGCGGCUCUGACGUGGGUCCAGGCCUACGCUCAUUACUUUGGCGGGGACGCGAGUCGCGUCACUCUGGAGGGCGGGAGUGCGGGUGCAGCCAGCGUGCAUCAGCUCAUCUUGUCGCCGCUGGCCCGAGGCAACAGCGGCUCCGGAGCAGCUGGGAUGUCAGGGCCUCAUCCUGGCUGA